AUGAAUAUCAGUGAUAUAAUGGCAACAUCGGCCGCUGCGUCGAGUCCGAUGACGACACCCGGCGAUUCGAAUAUCACACUCUGGCAGUUUCUUCUCGAACUAUUGGUAUCGGAAAAACAUAACGAUAUUAUCCAAUGGACGAGGUGUGCCGAUGGCGAGUUUAAGCUUCUCGAUGCUGAAGCCGUGGCUCGUUUAUGGGGAGUGCGAAAACACAAACCGAAUAUGAAUUAUGAUAAAUUAUCGCGGGCUCUUCGAUAUUAUUACGAGAAGAAUAUUAUUAAAAAGGUUGUUGGCCAGAAAUUUGUAUAUAGAUUCGUAGCGCCAACUGAGUCGCAUCACUCGUCUUUCGAUUUCGGGAAGGUUAAAGAAGAGAGUUCUUCUGAAGCCGGAAGCUUCGUAAGCAACUCGCCGAAUAGCAUGAAUGUUCCAGUGUGUUCCGCUAGUAACUUCAGCGCUUUGAGCUUGGCGAACGCCGGCUCACCUCGAAGUACUGUACAUAGUAUAUCGACGCCGUCGCCUUCAAAUAGCACAUGUUCGCCGUCAAGCUCGAUUGCGUCAAACUCAUCGGCUUCACUGAUGACUGGCGCCAAUCAUUCGACGUCUCCGGCACCGUCAACGUCAUCUCCGACGACUCAGGAUGAGCAAAAAUCGGCGACAAGGAAACGACAAAAUUCGACGAAUAAUGCCGACCAUCCACCGCCUCGUCGAACCAAACCGAAUCCGCUUAAUUUGUCGGCAACCUCGAAUUUUUUGAAUUCGGCCGCACAAUUCUCGCCGAUGCUGCUGUUCCAUCAAAACUCGCCGCAUUUCCAGCCUGCUAUCAAUCAGCUGUAUGCAUUGGCGUCAGCAUCACUGGCUUCCGCUGGAAUGUAUGGUCCGCAGAUGUCGCCGCUGCUCGCUGCCCAGAGUCCAUUUAGAUCGCCACUCGCCACGCCGAAGGGAAACGGAGUUUCGACGCCAACCACACAACCACAGGUGUUCCAAUUUCCACCGACCUCAUCAUUCGGCACGUCGCUCAUCAAUCCCUUCUCAGCUCUAAUCAGUCCUAGUCUUCCAUUCAUGCUUCAGUCUCCAUCAAGCACCCAAUUCAAAUUUCCGAGCUCCGAGGCGCUUAAAACUCCAACUGUGCCGCUGAAAACUCGGUCGACAUGA